UUUCGGCAUCAUCAACAGCCGACUUUUAGGCCCACGUCGGCUUGUUUUUUUUACCAAGAAAAUGUGACAACUACGGGCGGAUCCCGUUGGAAAGCUUCAACCUUUCGGUUGGGCUUUGUUUCUAUCUGAAUCUUCUCACAUUGCACAAACUACUAAAUUGGUUCGUUUGCUUUGUUGUCAUGAGCUUGCAUAUGGGUCACUCUGAUUUGACAUUCUGCCUCUGUUUAUUCAUCGCCUUCAUGGGUUUCUCACUUGAACAGCUGCAGUGUUGAGAUUCACCUUAUUGGAUUAUCGAUUUCAUAGUGGAAGGAUUGGAAAUUUUACUGUUUCAAGCAAUCAGUUUCUUCUUCUCUGAAGUCGCUUAAGUCCUUUCUGGCAUGGCUGCCUCGAGGAUUUCAUCUGCUAAACAACAGAGAACUUGGGGUUUCACCACUGCUCUGGCUUCUGCUGUUCUUGAAUGGUUACUGAUUCUGUUUUUGCUUGUUAAUGCCAUAUUCUCUUUCUUAGUUACAAAGUUUGCUCGUUGCUGUAAAUUGCAAACACCGUGCUUGCUAUGCUCGAGGCUUGAUCACGUUUUUGGCAGUAAAACACUUGGAUACUAUUGGGAAUUGAUCUGCGGUAAUCAUAAGCUGGAGAUUUCUUCCUUAGUUCUUUGUCAUGCUCACAAUAAGCUUGUAGAUGUUCAUGGAAUGUGUGAAACUUGCUUCUUCUCAUUUGCAACAAUCAAUAAAUCCAAUGCUGAAACAUACAGAUUAUUGGUGGGUAAAUUGGGGGAGGAUACACUCUGUGGUUUUGAUCAGGACCCUAAAAUUUGUUCUUCAGACACAAGGCAUUGUUCUUGUUGCAGUGAGCCAUGGGUUUUAAGAAAUACACAAAAGUUGAUUCAGACCAAAUCAGUUGGGUGUGAAGCUGCUGAGCUUGAUGUGCCUUUAUCAGGUGAGGUUGAACUUAAUCAGGAUGACUGGAAGAUGAGAAGAGGAAAACCACCUGUGUCAGUUAGAGCCACUAAUCUGAGAAAUAGUGGGAUUGAUUCUUUGUCUCAUGUUGGAUACACAGAACUUAAGGUCACUUCUGAUACCGAAUCUGAGGUACUGUACUCUGAUGAUGAUAAUGAUGCAAGUGCUUUGCUUCGUGCAACUGAUGUUUCCAAGGAUGAUCUUGCCGUUCAAGAUGUGCAGUUGGAGCCACUCAUUAUUACUCUAGCCGAUGAUUCGGCCACUGAGAAACUGAUAAUUGCAGAUUCUGCGCCUGAGGCUUUCUCUCCGGUGUCACAGGUGGAAUUAGAUUCUAUUGAAGUCCAUGGUAGUACAUCUGUGGCAUCAACUGCUGCUGUUAAGAACGGUCUAGAGGAACUCAACUGGCAACAAGCUGUUAGCAUGGCCAGUUCCCCUGCACCAACUGAUCUUCUUUCCCUUGAUUAUGUAACUCCAUCAUCAAAUACUAUGGAAACCACUAUUAAAGUAUCAAAACAAAGCUUAGAUCUUACUGGAACUGGUGAAGGUGGGCAAACAACUGUGGUGGAGUGUGGGAAAAUCAAUGAUGCAAGAACUACACCAAUUAUGCCAUCUGAAAUUGGUCUAGAAACAAACCCUGUUUCAAGUGACACUGCUCAACUAGUACCCAAUUUAUUGGAUCUUGGUGAUGCUUAUAAGAUGGCUGUUGGCAGUAGAGGGAGACAAUCGUCUGGUGUGUUUGUAGAGCAAUGGGUUGGGAAAGAUAACUCAAGAGUUAGUGAAGAUUUGAAGCUCUUGUUGUCUCAAUUAUCUGCCACUCGAGGGAUUGAGCAAUCAAUGAACGACAAGAGUCCUAUAGUUUCUGUAAAUGGUGAUGAAUCGAAGACAUCUGUGGCAGAGUGUGGGAAAAUCAAUGAUGCAAGAACUACACCAAUUAUGUCAUCUGAAAUUGGUCUAGAAACAAAGCCUGUUUCAAGUGACACUGCUCAACUAGUACCCAAUUUAUUGGAUCUUGGUGAUGCUUAUCAAAUGGCUGUCGGCAGUAGAGGAAGACAAUUGUCUGGUGUGCUUGCAGAGCAAUGGGUUGGGAAAGAUAAUUCAAGAGUUAGUGAAGAUGUGAAGCUCUUGUUGUCUCAAUUAUCUGCCACUCGAGGGAUUGAGCAAUCAAUGAGCGACAAGAGUCCUAGAGUUUCUGUAAAUAGUGAUGAAUCGAAGACCGCUGAUGCAUCUAGCUCUAUUGGAAUGCAGAUUCUUCAAAAGAGGAUCUCACCUGAGCAAAAUGAGUCUGGUCUGUUGCUGGAUGGAAUUGGAAGCACACUUCAAAAGAGAAUCUCACUCGAGAGAAACGAGUCUGGUUUAUCUUUGGAUGGAAGCACACUUCAAAAGAGAAUCUCACUCGAGAGAAACGAGUCUGGUUUGUCUCUGGAUGGAAGCAUUGUCAGUGAAAUUGAAGGUGAAAAUAUGGUUGAUAGAUUAAAACGACAGAUUGAGCAUGAUAGGAAACAUAUGAGUGCAUUAUAUAAGGAGUUGGAAGAAGAAAGAAAUGCUUCCGCUGUUGCUGUUAAUCAGGCCAUGGCAAUGAUUACUAAAUUGCAGGAGGAGAAGGCAACACUCCAUAUGGAAGCCUUGCAGUGCCUACGACUGAUGGAAGAGCAAUCUGAGUAUGAUAUGGAAGCACUCCAAAAAGCAAAUGACCUUCUUGCAGAGAAAGAAAAAGAGAUACAAGAUCUUGAAGACGAGCUUGAAUUUAACCGGAAUAUGUUUCCAAAUGAAUCAAUUUCGGAGAAUGUGGUAGAGGAAACUUGUGGUGUGAAGGCAAGAGAUAUUGGAAUGGAUCGUUGUGAAUCUGUUUGUGUUGAGGAUAGUGCAAGAGUUCUUAGAGACUCAGUUACUGAAGAACUUAAUAUCUGUGACAAAGUUGAAGGAGCAGGUAUGCCAUUGGGGGAUAAGGAUACAGGUACCGUGAAGAAUGCGUUGUUAGAACUUGAAGAUGACAGGUUAUACAUUUUGCAAUGUUUGAAGAAGUUGGAGAAAAAGCUUUAUUCAUUUUCUAAUAAUGGGGAAUACUUAGCAAAUGGUGAAUAUCAAGUAAAUGAAGGAGGAGAUGGAAAAAGUGAGUUCAAAGAGUCUAAUUUGAAUGGAAGAACUCAAGGGAAUGGUGGAGUAGAAGAGGAUGAUUUGUCAGUGCAAAAUUACAUAUCUGUGUCCAGAACGAAUCUGCAAGCUCAAGCCUCAUUUGAGAGCUCUCAGCCCUUAUGCAAGGAAAAUAUGAAAUUUGAUAGUAGUGGGCAAGGCUCUCCUGUACCCCAUUGGGGGGCCGAUUUAGCUUCUCUUGGAAAUGUGGUUUCAGAAUUGAAUGGCCGGUUGGAAGUGCUUGAGGCGGACCGAACUUUUCUUGAGCAUGCUAUUAAAUCAGUCGGAAACGGAGAGGAAGGGCUACAAUUAGUUAGGGAGAUAGCUUCCCAUUUGCAAGAAUUGCGAAGGAUUGGAAUAAGAAGAAUAGAUCCAACCAUAGCUUGAGGCUUCAAUGUGAAAUAUCACACAGGUUCACGUGGGGAGAAAGCCAUGUUGAUCCUCCAUGAAGUGCAAGUCUACUAUUCUUCUGCAAACCCGUUAUUGAAGACUGGUUCUCAAGAGUACAGCAUCACUAGCUUGUUCUUCUCUCAAGAGAGAGAAAAAGAAAGAAAGAAAGACCAACACGAUAGGAUUCAAAAGUAUACAGCGAGUCUCUUUUUUGUUGUUGUUGUUGCAUUUAAUGUGUGAAGUAUACGGAGAGUCGGAGAGGGUUUUUGUCGCCCCUCAUCUAUAUUUCGGUUUUGAAUUUGUUUAUUUGUUUAUUUUUCUUUUCAUUUUGAGUUUGGGGAGUGGAUGAGUGAUUGCAUUGUUGAAGGGGUGAUUUUUGUGUGUAAAUUGGAUUGUUUGGAUCAUGAAGAUGGUUAAUAUCAAUUAGUCA